AUGGCUGCCAUCCCAGCGAUAAUUUAUGGCACAGCAUGGAAGCAGGAACGGACUGCAGAGCUGGUAGUCAAGGCCAUCCUAGCAGGGUUCCGCGCAGUUGAUACAGCAUGCCAGCCGAAACACUACAGGGAGGACGCGGUGGGAGAGGCGCUAUCUAUCGUCGAGGAGAAACACGGUAUCAAGCGGGAGGACAUCUUCAUUCAGACAAAAUUCACCCCGAUCGGCGGACAAGACACUUCCAAACCCCUCCCCUACGACCCCAGCGCCCCGGUUCCCGCGCAAAUCAACUCCUCCUUCCUUACCUCCCUCGCCAACCUCCGCACAACGUACAUCGACUCCUAUCUCCUCCAUAGCCCGCUCUCCACGAAGGCGCGCACACUAGAGGCCUGGCGCGCGCUGAUAGGGCUACAGGAUGCUGGGAAGGUGAGGAUGAUCGGGGUCGUGCAGAAUAGGUGGUAUGAGGGGAAUGGGUGGGACAAGGAUGUUUAUAGGUAUUGCCGGGCCCAUGGGAUCUUGUACCAGUCGUUUUGGACACUCUCUGGCUCGCCGUCGCUCCUCAAACAUCCCGAUCUCGUGGCUCUAGCGAAUGCAGGCCAUUGCACGCCAGAGCAAGCAAUAUUCAGACUUGCCAUGCUCCACGGAAUCGUACCUUUGUCGGGCACGAAGAGCGAGGCGCACAUGAGGGACGAUUUGGGGAUUCAGGACAUUGAUUUGGGAGAGGAAGCCGAGGGCAGAUUUCGUUCGGUGAGGGAGCUGGUCUUCGGAAAGGCAGGAUGA